CUCGUUGACAGGCAGAACCGCGCUGGUGACUGGCGGAGCUCGCGGCUGCGGCCUAGCCAUGGCCGAAGGACUCGCUGAAGCAGGUGCAAAUAUCGCAAUUUUCGACAUGAUCCAACCGGACGCAGCGUUUUCCAAACUUGCAAAAAAGUACAGUGUGAAGACGGCAUUCUACAAAGUAGAUGUAACUUCGACGCAAGACUUGAGAAGAGGUUUCGAGGAAUUUCAACGAGAUUUCGACAGCGCCCUCGAUAUUUGCGUGCCUUGUGCCGGGGUGAACAAGAACGUCACACUGCUUGACACGACACCCGAAGAUUUCGAAAGACUGGUCAAUGUCAAUGUUAAGGGAGUCUACUUCACCAUGCAGCUCGCUGCUCAACUGAUGGUCAAGAAUAAGACAAUAAAGGGCUCAAUCAUUCUGGUGGCGUCCAUCGCAGCUUCAAGGGCUGUACGCGGUCAAUUCUCGUCAGCAUACUGUGCUACCAAAGGAGCCGUUCGAGCCAUGUGUCCGCCCUCCGCUGUUGAGCUCGCCGAGCAUGGCAUUCGUGUCAACACAAUCUCGCCUGGAUAUAUCAAGACGGAAAUGACAGCGCCGUUUCCGCAUCUGCUUGAGAGCUGGAAGUCAGAGGUCAUGAAUAACAGAAUCGGCAUGCCGGACGACAUUCGAGGCGCGUGCAUCUUUUUGGCGAGUGACGCGAGCAGCUAUAUGACCGGCAAUGACAUCGCGAUCGACGGAGGUGUUCUGAAUUGGUGA